AUGGAGCUGGAGAACAUCGUCGCCAACACCGUCCUGCUCAAGGCGCGCGAAGGCGGCGGAGGGAACAGGAAGGGCAAGAGUAAGAAAUGGCGCCAGAUGCUGCAGUUCCCGCACAUCAGCCUGUGUGAAGAUCUCCGGCAAGCACUCGAGCGGGACUAUCGCAGCCUGUGUGAGAAGCAGCCGAUUGGGCGCCUGCUCUUCCGGCUGUUCUGCGAAACGCGGCCUGAGCUGUCACGCUGUGUCAAGUUCUUGGAUGCUGUGGCAGAGUAUGAAGUGACUCCAGAUGAGAAGCGGAAAGAGUGUGGGCAGCACCUGAUUGACAGCUACCUAAACCCCAAGAAUGUGGAUCAUGUGCCCGAAGUUCCCUUGCCGCUGGUGAGUGCUUGUUCUGAGAGGCUGGAGCAGGAGCCAGCCAAGGAGCUCUUCAAGGAAGCAACCAAGCUCAUCCAUGGCUAUCUGAGCGUGGCUCCCUUUGCCGAUUACCUUGACAGCAUCUACUUCAACCGCUUCCUGCAGUGGAAAUGGAUGGAAAGGCAGCCAGUGACUAAAAACACUUUCCGCCAGUAUCGUGUGCUGGGAAAGGGAGGCUUUGGUGAGGUGUGUGCAUGCCAGGUGCGAGCCACUGGGAAGAUGUAUGCCUGCAAGAAGCUGGAGAAGAAGCGGAUCAAAAAGCGGAAGGGGGAGUCCAUGGCCCUGAACGAGAAGCAGAUCCUGGAAAAAGUGAACAGUAGGUUUGUAGUGAGCUUAGCCUAUGCAUACGAGACUAAAGAUGCCCUCUGCCUGGUACUGACCCUCAUGAAUGGAGGGGACCUCAAGUUUCACAUCUACCACAUGGGUGAGGCUGGCUUUGAGGAGCCUCGGGCGGUGUUCUAUGCAGCUGAGAUUUGCUGCGGCCUGGGGGACCUGCACCGGGAGAGGAUAGCGUACAGGGACUUGAAGCCAGAGAACAUCUUGCUGGAUGACCAUGGUCACAUUCGUAUCUCAGAUCUGGGGCUGGCUGUGCACGUGCCCGAGGGCCAGACGAUCAAAGGCCGGGUGGGGACAGUUGGCUACAUGGCUCCCGAAGUAGUGAAGAACGAGCGCUACACGUUCAGUCCCGACUGGUGGGCUCUGGGCUGCCUUGUCUAUGAGAUGAUCGAGGGCCAAUCUCCCUUCCAGCAAAGGAAGAAGAAGAUCAAGCGGGAGGAGGUGGAGCGGCUGGUGAAGGAUGUACAGGAGGAGUACUCGGAGAAGUUCUCGCCUGGCGCUCGCUCCCUCUGCUCCAUGCUGCUGUGCAAAGACCCUGGGGAGCGGCUGGGGUGUCGAGGAGCUGGCGCCCAGGAAGUGAAGGAGCAUCCCCUCUUCAGACACCUGAACUUCAAGAGGCUGGAAGCCGGCAUGCUGGACCCCCCCUUCAAACCAGACCCCCAGGCCAUCUACUGCAAGGACGUGCUGGACAUUGAGCAGUUCUCCACAGUGAAGGGAGUGGAGCUGGAGCCCACAGACAAUGACUUCUACCAGAAGUUCGCUACAGGGAGUGUACCCAUCCCGUGGCAGAAUGAGAUGAUUGAGAGCGAGUGUUUCAAGGAGCUGAAUGUCUUUAGCGUGGAUGGCGCAGUGCCCCCUGACCUGGACUGGAAAGGACAGCCUUCUCCACAGCCCAAAAAGGGCUUGCUACAGCGCCUCUUCAGCAGACAGGACUGUUGUGGGAACUGCAGCGACAGUGAGGAAGAGCCCAGCCGGCUGUAGAGCCCAGCC